UUGGCUGCAAUGGCCUUCACAGGCCGGUUGCAUUCUGUUCGGGUCGUUGUCUAGUGGCCACUUCUCAGCCCAGUUACGCGUACAAAUGUCUGACGUGCUCACAAUUUCGCAAGUGAAUGAGUUAAACUAUGAAGAUUUCAUUGGGCGAUUUGGUAAUGUGAUUGAGCACUGUUCAAUAUGCGCAGCUGCCGUCUGGCGAUUCCGUCCAUUUCAUGACAUCCGUCAUCUUCACCAGGCAAUUUGCUCAUUUUUAGAUCUUCUUCCAAAUACAGGUAAAGAGGGUGUGCUAAGAUUACAUCCUGAUUUGGCUGGGAGACUAGCUGAGCUUGGCAGCCUUACCCAAGAGAGUUCAGCUGAACAGAAAGCUGCUGGUUUGGACACCAUGACCCCUGAAGAGAAACAACUGCUAAAAGAUACCAAUUCCAAGUACAGAGACAAAUUUGGCUUUCCAUUUGUCAUAUGUGCAAGGCAGAACAAGAAGGAAGCAAUUCUGAAGGGAAUAGUUGAGAGGCUGGAACAUUCUGCUGCAGAAGAACUGAAUAUUGGUAUUGAAGAAGUCAAGAAAAUCUGCAUGUUGAGGUUGUUAAGCAUAGUGCCUGAUGAACAAUGAUACAUGUCAGGAAUCCAUCAGCAGGGAAUAUUACCAAUAUUCCAUUCAAACAUUCUCACAACAGUUUUGAAAAAAAUUCUGUUAAUGUUUUGGUGCUUGCAUCAUCAUCCCUCAAAAUACAGCAAUUACAAAAGAAUUUUCUUUAUAUUGUCUUGUAGAAUUCACCAAAAGGAGAUAAUUAAAAAAAUUUCAUGAAUACACAUGUUAAGAAUUA